GGCUCUGAUAGCCAGACCCUCGCCCGCCACCCGCAGCUCAGCACCUCUGCCGCCAGCCGGCUAGUGAGUGAGCUCGUUGGCUGCCCGUGUUUGUGCGUAUAUAGCUGAGAGCCACAACGCCUCUGUUUUGUUUAUCUGUGGACACACAGUCAAGGCCCUUCAUACUUGUGCUAGGGGCACAAAGCACCAGACGUGCAGCAAGAGGCGUCCCUCAGUCGAAGGGCGUGAGGCAGGCCCUCGCCUGUAGGAGCAACGAUAGUUCCCGAGAAGAGUGAGUCACCGAGUGAGUCAAGCGACGGCAGCAGCAGCAGCACUCUAGCAGUGAACACCCCGCACCACCGCCGCUCGGAGCACACUACCUUGGCGGCGCGCCUCCAACCCGCACGCGCCACUCCGCCGCUCAGCCACCAGCGCCACCCUAACAGAGCCGGACAUUGCUCACAUUGUGACCGUGCAAGCAGCCAGUCAUGUCUUGGAGUCCGGACACACUCGUGUGGGACCUGAGCUCCCUGGUCAGUCCAGGGCUCGAGUCAUUCAGUCCGCAGACCUUCGGCGGACAACAAGCACCUCCCCAGCAGCAGCAGCAGCAGCAGUUCCCGUAUCCUCAGCAGUCACAGCAUCAGAUGUUUGGCGCGCCUCAGCAGGCGGGGUGCACUAAGCCCUACCUGGACGUGGCGUUCAGCGAUUACGGUCUAUUGUCCCCAGGCGGCGAGUCGGGGUACAGCAGCGCCUGCAGUGUGGGUCAGGCCUCGCCCAUGAGCCGCAACGUUGGAGGCUCCCCGGCCCCUCCCCGGCCCACGUCGCGCACCACCCCAGCCCUCGAUGGGACCAUGGAGACCAGCUACAUCACAUCUGCCUCAAACACACUCAACAACUAUGGAGCCGUCGGCUACGAAGCCUUCGAUAAUCAGAACAAUGCCUAUGAUGCCCUCAACUCCAGCUUCGACACCACCUACGAGAGAGGACUGGACACAAGCUACGGGUCCCCCGCGCCUGGCUACUCAUCGCCCUUCAUCGAGCCCUCGUGUGACUCCCCGUACAGCCUGCCGCCCCCCUGCAGCUACGAGCCUCCACAGCAGCCAGAGCAGCAGGACAGUCAGCAGGAAAAGCAGUUCAGAGCUCCCCCCGAUCCGCGCCGGUGGACAGCUGAGGACAUUGAAUCUUGGGUCAGCUGGGCCAGAAGGGAGUUUGACCUGUCACCAACCCUCAGCCCCGCCCUGCUGCCUUCCUCAGGCUAUGAACUGUGCAGUCUGACAAGAAAUGAAAUUCAGCGCAAGGUCGGCAACAACUCUGGCCGCAAAUUGGCUCAGCACCUCGACAUCCUGCUGGGGUAUUUGGGCUCCAGCCUGCCUAAGGACGAGCUGCAGGAAUUCCUGGAGCCUGAGUCUGACCGACAGGAUGAUCAGAUUGAGGGUGACCCCUACAUGAUCCUGGGAGACCUCUGCCGAAAGUUGUCAGCGCAGGGCUCCGGCCAGAUCCAGCUGUGGCAGUUCCUCCUGGAGCUGCUCUCAGAACCCGCCAACGCCGCCGUCAUCACCUGGGACGGCACAACCGGGGAGUUCAAGAUCCUGGACCCUGACGAGGUGGCGCGGCGCUGGGGCGAGAGGAAGUCCAAGCCUAACAUGAAUUACGACAAGCUCUCCCGCGCCCUCCGGUACUACUACGACAGGAAUCUCAUGACCAAAGUACACGGCAAGCGUUAUGCUUACAAGUUUGACUUCCGUGCACUGGAGCAGCUGCAGCAGGCGCAACAAAGCGACCCACAAUCCCGCCCUACCCCAGACAUGGGCUCCAUCACUGCCCUCUUCAGCAGUGCCUCAGUAUCCACCCCACCACACUACUGGCCCUCUUCCAGCAACCCAGGCACGCCCUCGCCCGGCCCUGCAUGGAUGUAGGCGGCUCCGUGCCGUAGGAGGACGUGAUCUCAGGUGACGGGGUUGCGCGCCGCCCCCGAGAGAGCCCCGGUGAGGCGUAAAGACCAUUUCUAUGUACCUGUGGGAGCUUCUUACCUCCUGUGAUACCGCUGCAUGACCACAGGUGGAGUCUCCCCUCCUGCCCAGCCCCGACACGCCCCGCCCCGCCCUGCUGCCCGGCGUGGUGCCCUGGUCGGGCCCGCCUGGUGAUUAGGCACCAGGCAACUUCAGGUCAAAAUUAGGUCCCUAAAGUGGGUCUCAGCUUCUGUGAUCUCCGGUUCGAUAGGUUCCUGGCGGGGCCUCUCACCCCAGCCUUUCUCACCUUUGCCCAUCUCACCCCGCCCCCCAUUUCACUCCAGCCCCGCCGCUCUGUACAAACUCAUGCUGUUGUAUAUACUACUGUGAUAAUAUUUAUAUAUUUAAGCCUUUUUUAAAGUAUUCAAAUUUUGUACAAUAAAGAACUAUAGUUAA